AUGAACUUUCAAUGUUCACUUGUUCAAUUAGACAAAAAAAUUGAAUUUCUAGAAAAAAAUGUAUCGCUACUAAACAGCGAGUGCGAAGCAAUAGAGUUUUACAUAGUAAAAGAAUAUCCAGAGUUCCUUAAAAAUAAAGUAAUAGAUGUAUCAUGGAUGCCAGAUGAAUUUCAGAAACUAGGAAAACUUAAAUUAAUUCCAGACGCUGUGAAAAGAAUUGGUCGAAAAAGUAUGAUGUCAAAUCUAAAUAAAUCUAAGGGAUUUUUUAGUAUAGCUUUAAAAGCAAUAGCAGUUCGCAAGAUAGGAUUAAAUCACAUUAUAUUUUUACUGGAGAAAAUAAUAACGCACAUGGAAAUAGACUUCGAUAAACAAUGCAAUAACAUUAUUGAGAAUUGUGAACAGAUUGAAAACGAAAUGGAAAACUUAGAAACCGAUUGCAAAAAAUUACAUCAACGCAUUGAGGAAUAUAGAUCAAGCAUUUUAGAGGCAGGCGUUGAUCCAUUAACUAAACGUAUACCAGCGAGUAAAUACAAGAGGUUCGUUAAACAACAAUAUUUGAUGAACGCUACAAUAAUAAACGGAUAUAACCUGAAAUUAGCCAAUGUUGUUAAAGAGAGGAAAUUGUCGGAGAAAGUUUUAAAGAAAGUGACUGAACAGGUGAACAAUGUGUCCGAAAUAGAUCAAAAGCACCUUGAGUUGAAAUACAAUAAACUUUAUCACGAAGUAGUGGAAAUACAUGAAUUGGAAAAAACAAUGAGAGCUCGAAGAACUAAAGUUCAAGAAUAUUGCAUGUUAAAAUCAUACAAAAUGGAAAAACUUAUAGAGAAACUUAAUGCAAGCAUUAUAUCAAUGGAAGCGGAAUUAAAAAUAAAAAGUAAAAAAAUAAAACCAAUAUCUCCCAUUUAUAUGUACACGGAAAUAACGAAUGAUGAUGGAUCUUAUAAAAGUUAUGCACUUGAAGAUAAAAAAAAACACAAAAUAGAAAACAUUAAGGAAAUUAAUGCAAGUAUCAUAUCAAUGGAAGUAGAAAUAAAUAGAAACAGUAAUGAAACAAUCCCAAUAUUUCCUAUUUAUAAGUACAUGGAAACAACGACUGAUGAUGAAUCUCAUAAAAGUGAUGCACUUUUAGACAAAAAGAACAUGAAGGUAUUUAAUACAAGAAAUAUAUCAAUGGAAGCAGAAAUAAAAAAAUAUAGUAAAGAAGUAAAAACAAUAUUUCCUAUUUUUAAGUAUACAAAAAUGACGAUUGAUGAUGAAUCUUUUAAAAGUGAUGCAUAUGAAAAAAAGGCAAUGCAAGUAAUUGAUCGACUUAAAUCUGACAACACAUUAUUUGGAAAAUAACACUGCCUAUUAAAAAACAAAAAUGAUCACCAAAAACCACUUAGACUAUUAUUGGUUACAAAACUGAACAAGAAAUAAAAACAGUACAAAUAUUAAAUCCUUCGAUUGUACAGAAAUUUAAAAUAAAAUCUUUUUUUUAUCUA